GCUGCAGCCUGGCCGCGCCCGCCCGAGCGCCAAUCGACCGGCCUGCGCCUGCCCGCUUGCCAUUGCCCCGGAGCACCCAGGUUGGUGGCCGCCGCCGCCUGCGCGCUGCGCGUUGCAUGCGCCGCCUUGGCUGGGCAUUGGCUGCGCGCGCGCAGGCGCCCAACUUUCAGGUCCCGGGAGGCUGGGCGGACCGCCUUUUCCGCUGGCCCCAACGCGCUCUCCAACCGCACCGCGCCGCGCCCGCUCACCUGCAGAAGACUCCUGCAACUCGUGAAUUUCAGCCUGCCCGCUACCGGCGACUUCGCCGGCGCCGAGAUCCUCCCCUUGGACGCCGGCUUCUGCUGUCCCCGCGGCAGCUUGGCCAACUUCCUGGUGCCCUUAAUCACCGGUUCCCCAUUGCCGCGCCCAAGGCACUCGCCCCCGGCGCCCAGCAGCUUAUCGAAAAACCGCGCCGCGCCCCGCAGGCGCCUCGCGCUCGCGCCGGGACCGAGUUGCCCGAUUUCGAGCCUUUCUGGCGAGCGCGCAACUCUGCGCACCCCCGUUUGCACCGCUACCGCCCGCCUCUUCAUGCACUUCGCCACCUUGAGUGCUGCGCCCAAGUUCGACUUCGUGCCCCCUCCAUGACCACCUCUAGGCAGGCUCCGCACUGGCGGCGGCGGCACCGGCAACGAGGACCGGUGGAACGACGGUGGACGCGAACUGCAGAGCGAGAAUUAGCACGAUAGUUCAGAGCCAACAUUGAUUUCAUAGAUGUUCUGUUCCUAAGCCAUAUCGGUACGGUGCAGCCCGAAACUGCCAGGGGUGAAUCUGUACGACUACGAGUGCAUACUGCGAGCGAGCGGCGAGGAGAUAGAACAUACGACGAGUAUUAUGUGAGUGAAUGAAGUGC